AUGCCCGGUCACGAUAUUCGGCUUCUCGCCCUCGAUGGCGGCGGUGUUCGCGGCCUGUCGUCUCUAAUGAUUCUGCAAAAUCUCAUGUCGACCAUCGACCCCGACGCUCCGCCCAAGCCAUGCGAUUACUUCGACAUGAUCGCUGGCACCAGCACUGGCGGCUUGAUCGCCAUCAUGCUAGGCCGCCUCCGAAUGACUGUCGACGAAUGCAUCGCUGCCUACACGUCGCUAUCUAACAAGGUGUUUGAGAAGAAGAGCCACAGAGUCAAGAUCAAUGGCCAACUGCAGGGGAGCCUCGUCUGCGUGACGAGCAAAGAGACAGGAGACACGAUGUGCCUGACCAGCUACCGCUCCGCCCGCGGGGUCGCUCACCUGUACGACUCCAUCACGAUCUGGCAAGCUUGCCGGGCUACAUCCGCCGCGACCACUUUCUUCGAUCCGAUUGCCAUCGGGCCUUACCAAGAGCAGUUCGUCGACGGCGCUCUAGGAGACAACAACCCUGUCUACACGCUCUGGACCCAAGCCCAGGACGUUUGGGGCGACGACCAGUUGCGGAGCCGUCUGCGGUGCCUGGUGUCAAUCGGUACGGGCGUACCCACGCUCAAGCCCGUGCGCGAUGACGUUCUGGGCAUCAGGGCCACGUUGACAAGCCUUGCGACGGAAACAGAGAAGACGGCAGAGCAAUUUCGUCGCGACAAGUCGAGCCUCGACGACGAAGGUCGCUACUACCGCUUCAAUGUCUCUCGCGGCCUCGAGGAUAUCGGCUUGGCGGAGUCAAAGAAGCAACGCGAGAUUGCGGCGGCGACUGGACGGUACGUCGCGUCGCAGGAUGUGUUUGGACAGAUGAAGGCGUGCGCCAACGGGCUUGCGCGAAGGCAAUAUUUUGGCCCUUUCAAGACACCCUUCAGCCUGGACGGUGUCCCCGCGUCGGAUAAGUUUGUCGCUAGGCCGGCCGACACGGCUGAACUGGAGAAGGCACUUCUCCCGCAGCGAUCACAUGCCCGACGGACAGACAGGAAAAUAUUUGUCCUUUUCGGACUCGGCGGUGUAGGAAAGACGCAGCUAUCAAUUGAUUUCGCCCGACGCCACCAAGCCGCCAUCGCCGGCUGCAUAUCCAAGAUCCCCAAAGACCAAGUUCCAGAAACCAGCCGACGCUGGACGGACAGUCGCAUUCAUAGCCAGGACGAACUCGACGACGCCGUGGCGAAUGUGAUGAAGUGGCUUGAGCAACCCGACAACUGCGAAUGGCUAUUGAUCUUCGACAACGUCGACAAAGAUUGGAUCCGUCAAGAAUCUGGAAUGGGCGCUUACGAUCCGAGGCGGUACCUACCUGGCGAUCAUGGGUCGGUGCUGAUCACGACACGGCUUUCUCGUCUGGCACAGCUGGGUGAGUCUCGAAGGUUAGGUCAAGUAAACACGGCCUUAGGCAAGGCCAUACUUGAAAAGUGGUUUGGCAGCGAACUUGGCGCGGAUUGCGACGACCUCCUAGAACUGCUACAUGGGCUGCCCCUGGCGCUGGCGCAGGCGGGCUCAUAUAUAAGGGAAACGGGUGUUAACGCCGCGACAUAUGUGCGGAUCUACAACGAACAAUGGGCCGAGCUAAUGGGUCCUUGCGACACAUCGAACCGACCACUGUUGGAUUACGCCCAGGGAAGCGUCAGGACAACGUGGACCAUUUCGUUCAAGGAAAUCGAGCGUCAGAGCCCUAAUGCUGCCAAACUACUGCGACUCUGGGCCUUCCUCGAUAACAGGCAGCUGUGGCAUGGUCUACUGGCGGUGACGGCGGACGGCGGGGAACUGCGAGGCCGAUGGCCCGACUGGCUCAGCGAGGUGGGUAGCAGCGUGGUGCGGUUCCUCGACGCAGUUCGGAUGCUCUUCCGGUACUCAAUGAUCGAAAUUGAGGAAGGAUUGAAGGACAGCUACUCUAUGCACCCAGUAAUUCACCGAUGGGCGUCGUGCCUAGACGGGCAGCAGCAGAAAAAGGAAUGGAUAAAGCUGGCACUCGAUGUGGUGGGGCAAUCGGUGCCGUUUCAAGGUGUAAAGGAGUACUGGCUCUUACAACAAAGACUUCUGCCACACGCAGAGCGUUGCUUGUGGUGGAUACGUAAGAACGGAUUGAGCUUGAAUGAGUGUUCUUUUCGGGACGCUCCUAUGAUAGACUCAUUACAUUGCCUUGGAAUCCUUUUUGCUGACCGGGGCAAGCUUCAAGAGGCGGAGGAGAUGUAUGAUCAAGCUCUGAAGGGCCACGAGGCGACGCUCGGCCCUGAUCACACUUCAACGCUCAAGACAGUUCAGAACAUAGGGAAUCUCUACAAGGUCCAAGGCAAACUUCGAGAGGCGGAGAAAAUGUAUGAUCGAGCUCUGAAAGGCCACGAGGCGACGCUCGGCCCUGAUCACACUUCGACGCUCGAGAUAGCCAAUAACUUGGGAACCGUUUACGCUGACCAAAGCAAGCUUCGAGAGGCAGAGAGAACGUUUAGUCGAGCGCUGCAAAUUUACGAGACAACGCCUGGACCCGAUAGCGGUAACACGUUGAUUCUUGACAUAUGCAACAACUUAGGGUGUCUAUAUAGAAUUCAAGGCGAACUUCAAAAGGCAGAGAUGAUGUAUAAUCGAGCGCUGGAAGGCUAUAAGAACAGGCUUGGGCACCAGCAUACAUGGACUCUGAGGACGGUCAAUAAUUUGGGGGUUCUCUAUGCCGACCAAGACAUGCUUCAAGAGGCGGAGGAAAAGUAUAGUCAAGCGCUGCAGGGCUAUAAGACAACGCUUGGAACUAAUCACAUGUCGACGCUCAAUGUAGCCAGCAAUUUGGGGCAUGUUUACAGCAAACAAGGCAAACUUCAAGAGGCAGAGGAGAUGUAUAACCAGGCCCUAGCGGGCUAUGAGAAAACGCUUGGACGUCACCAUGAUUCGACAGUUGAAAUAGUUGAACACUUGGGAUAUCUCCAUGCUAACCAGUUCAGGCUGCGAAAGGCAGAGGAGAUGUAUCAACGAGCGCUGGGCGGGUAUGAAAAGGCACUUGAACGGGAUCAUCCGAAGAUAUCCCAGUUAAGGACUAAUAUAAAAUCUUUGCAGCACGCCCAAGUUGAUUUCACGAGCUUGGACGAAGAGAGCAAGCCAGCGGGCAGGUUGAAGGCUUUUGGGAAGGCAAAGGCAAGGUUCCGCAGACUGAUUAGAUCUCGUACAGAGAGACCGGGCGCGCGACAGGAGUUCUAG